UGGUCUCCACAGGAACAAGGUCCCGCCUCUCAUCUGACAUUUCCAUAAACCACGGUCCUCCUCCUGCCUUUUCCUGCUCACUCUUACACCUAUGGAGGAUGCUUUCCGUCCCCCGGGGGCCUCCUCUUCCUGCGCGCCCAUUGGCCCGCUGGCGAGGCUCUACCGCGGUGACGUCAGGCUCCACCGCCCCUGCAGCGCUCAAUGGACCGGGCAGCCUGUCUGAUCCACUCCAAAACAGCUCGGCACGGCGCGGCACGGACAUCAUUCCCGGGGAAUAGAGAGAUAACGGGGGGCUUGACGGGACAGUGAGGGUGAUCCGCCUGCAGAGAGGAGAAAGGCCUCCGCAUCAUCAUCCUCACCACCACCACCAUCAUCAUCAUCAUUAUACUUUUUUUUCUCCACGAGGCAGGACGGGGGAGUGCGCCCACCGUGUUGCGGGUGUAUGACCGUGCGUUUGUCUCCCAGUUUGGAUCACGAUGAUGCAAAGUGCGGCGGUGCUACCGACAGAGAGUCCUGUUAAGAGUUUACCGGAGAUUCUCGGAGUGCCACUGCAACAGAUCCCUCAGUGCGCCGGCUGCAGUCAACACAUCCUGGACAAGUUCAUCCUGAAGGUGCUGGACAGACACUGGCACUCCAAGUGCCUCAAGUGCGCAGACUGCCAGACUCCGCUGGCGGACAAGUGUUUCUCCCGAGCAGGAGGAGUCUACUGCAAAGAGGACUUCUUCAAGCGCUUUGGGACAAAAUGUGCAUCGUGCCAACAGGGGAUCCCGCCAACGCAGGUUGUGCGGAAGGCACAGGACUUUGUGUAUCACCUGCACUGCUUUGCCUGUAUUAUGUGCAGCCGACAGCUGGCCACUGGGGACGAGUUUUACCUCAUGGAGGACGGGAGGCUGGUGUGCAAGGUGGAUUAUGAGACGGCGAAACAAAACGAUGAUUCGGAGGCAGGAACCAAGCGACCGAGGACCACGAUCACUGCUAAACAGCUGGAGACCCUGAAAAGUGCCUACAAAAACUCGCCGAAGCCAGCGCGCCACGUCAGAGAGCAGCUUUCCUCGGAGACGGGUCUAGACAUGAGAGUAGUGCAGGUUUGGUUCCAGAACCGACGAGCAAAGGAAAAGCGGCUGAAGAAAGACGCAGGUCGGCAUCGCUGGACUCAGUUUUAUAAAAGUGUCAAGCGCAGCCGAGGAGGAGCUAAAGUGGAGAAGGAAAGCUCAGCUGACGACGCGGGACUCAGUGACAGUGAGCUGAGCUUCAGAGAAGACCAGGUGCUGUCAGAUCUUGGCCACACCAAUGGGCUUUAUGGGAGCGUUGGUGACGUGACCAACAGCACGGUGCUCAACGGCGGCUUCUCUGUCGACGCAGCAGGCCAGCCUUACCACGACAUUCGAGCGGGAAGCCCGUACGGUCUCCCUCAGUCACCCUCCUCCAUCACCUCCCUGUCCGGCCACACUCCUCUCCUUAACAACCUGGGCUUCAACAUGGACAGUCUGGUGGUGCAAGGCGGUGCGGGCGGAGUGGGACAGGCUCUGAGGGCCAUGGCAGGAGGUCCCACCUCAGACCUCUCUACAGGCAGCAGUACAGGAUACCCUGACUUCCCCACCAGCCCUGCCUCGUGGCUGGACGAGAUGGACCAUUCCCAGUUUUGAGUUUCGUCCACAGAAGAAGAUUGUUGUCCGGUCGUACGACAAAACAGACUCACAAGGCUUUUUUUUACAUUUCUUUCUAUCACCCUCCAAGACUUGGUUUGUUGUGCGAUGCUGGGUGAAGUACAGAAGGAAGAGAUGACUCUCAGCAAGUCCAUCGUGAAGGAACCGCCUGGGUCAAAGCGUGUAGUCCGGAGAGAAGCAGUGAAGAACUCUCAAUGUUCAGUCUCAACAUUGUAUCAUACAACUUUUUGUUAUCACCUCACUUUAUUUUGUUCUUUCACUCUCUGAAAAUGAGAAUGGAUUUCCAAUAUGUCAGUGGAUUACACUUCACAGGGGAGGUAAUAUUGUCUCGUCCCCAAAAAAUAAGUCGCCAACAGCUGCAACAUUAGGGCUAAAUCUGUAGAUCUAUGUCCCUAUGAGACCCAGGGGGCACCUGCAUGCUUCUGAUUCAUGAGUAGAAAUGAGUAGGACUGCUGUCCGGCUACAUCAAAGCCUUUACAUUGGCAAUGCACUUUAUUCUCCUCUUCUUUUUCUACACUUAGGGACAGGAAUGCAGAGGAAAAAGAGAAAAAAAAGGGGAGAGACAUAUGCACAAGGCAAAAACACAGUGUUUCAUUGGGAGAGAAAUUUACAAGAACAGUGGCACAAGUGUGAAUUUUGAACCAUGCUGAUGUUUUUUUUAAUGUAUUGUUGAAGCUUAUUAGGAAGUAGAUGGUCUGUUCAGUCUGUCCGUCCGUCCGUCUGCCCGUAAAAAGGUGAUGCCUCCUCUGUUUGACUUACAGGGCAUCACUGUUUGCAACACAGCAGGUCUCUCUUCUAUAUUUAUAGGCGCUUGACUUGUUCUCGUCUGUGUCAAAGCUUGUCUGAGAGCGGAUGUCUGUCAGUAUUAAAUUAUCCGUUCUCAGAUUCACCAGGAAUCGAAGCUCACGAGUUUGGACGGUCGAGUUCUAGUAAUUCUAGUAAAUUCUAGUAAUAUAUUAAGUCUAAAUUAUGGAUUUAUUAUUUUGAAUGCACACAUGUACGACAAAGAGAUUAAGACAUGCAGAAGCAUUUGCAAAUAUGAAUUGAUGGUUACUUCUACUGGGCAUUCAGAACAUCCAACAAGUAUUAGCAGGAACUUUGAGAAAAGAAAUCUCAGUGUUGGCUCUUGUGUUCUGUCAAUCUGACCCAGGCUUCUCUUGCUAAUCUACUCCAUCCAGCAGAUCUCCAGCUUUGGCUGCUAUCAACCUACUUAUUGAGGCCAGAUGUGUUGUCAGCCUGUUCUGUUCUCCCACUGUCUGGUCUCAAUGUCAGAGGGAUUACCACACAGCACCCCUUCCCUUCCCCCCCAUACAGUGCUGACACUAUACUGUCUCAUCAGUGUUAGUGUGUCUGCUGAGCUCAUGUUCCCGACACUUAAAAUCAGCACUUCAAUCAGCUGCAUCUUAAAAUCUCCCACUAUCACAGGAAAUAAGUGACAAAACGCUGAUCCUCUGUUUUUCUGAAUCUCCCGAAAAAACGCUCCAUCAUUCUGAAAACUGAGUGUCCUGGUGACCAUGUUAAAACCAGUCAUUAUCUUUGAUCUGUGGGGAAAUUCUUGUUUGUGUUUCUUCAGUGAAGACAAAAACAAAUCUAUUUGCUCACCUUCUCCUGAACAUUUGCCAAGUCUAUUUUUUUUUUCUACCGGAGCAUCCGAUGUAGGAGCCAGAAAGUAAAUCAGCAAACAGAAAGCAACAGAGUUAAGACAACAUGGAAAACUGUGGAUUACUGAACUCAAUUUACAGUGUAAAUAUUUACCGAAUGUACGGUACCAAUGAAAGGCUUAUAUUUACAGUGUAACUGCACUGGGGUUCAUGUGUAAGUACAGGGAAAGCAAACAGAAUAAGGAAUAAAAGAGGAACAACUUUGUGUUUAAUCACUUAUAUUAAACUCUUUGAUUUACGAGAUAGCUGUUUAAAUAAGUGUGAAUUAGCAGAAACAUAUUAGAAAACAGAUGGUUAUGGUUUCAUUAUUGUAAAAAAAAUAUGUACUUUAAAUUAAAAUGCAGUCAAAAGUGACAGUAAAAGUGUUAAGACUAUAAACAAUAUUGCACAUCAUUGAUGUUGCUGGUAAUUGCAACACUUAUUUUUAUUGAAUUUUUUAGCUGUUGUAAAGUAUACACGCAUUUUGACAUCAUGCACACAGUGGCCAUUUAAUCUGAGCAAAUAAAAAUAACAUAUCUAGUAUAAUUCACUUCUACAUUCCCCUAAAUGCAAGUUUGUUUCCCACUGUAAGUGUUUCAUUGGUACCUUGUAUGAACAAAAUGUUUACAUUGUCAAUUGGAGGCUGCAGUGAUUGACAGCACUGAGUGAAAAUCCUGUACAAACACAUUGCCAUUGCUGUUUUGUUAAAGUCUGUGUUGCCGCAGAGGUUUGCAUCUUAAUUGUUGUAAAUUUUGUACAGUUUGAAAAACGUGUUGAUUGUCUUGUUUCAUGAGCGCUAUUUAUUAUUAUGGUUAUUAUGAUUAUUAUUAUUAUUAUUCUUGCCAUGUGUCUUUGAAAAAGAUGUAAAAGAGAGCACUGAAUUUAUUCAUUUACAGUAUGCCUUCUGUGUAAUGGUAUGAACUGUGUACAGUCAAAUCUAUAUGAGGAAAAUAAAGCUGAAUUGUCUUUGGGUUA